AAUUGCGGCUCUUUACUCUUCUCCCCCGCUCGUCACUGUGACUCUCUCCCCCACUCAAAACCCUAAAUUCUCUCAUUUUCUCCCAUGGAUUCUUAACCAUAUUCGUACGCUUACGUAUCAUUAUUCCUCUCCGUAACUCUGUACAACAGAAUAAGAUUGAUUAAUAUUCUUUUGAUCAGAGUGCUCCGAGAGCUUGAAGUCGGCGUCAAAUGGAGAUUCAAGCAGGAGAAAAGAAGGAAGGGCAGGAGUUUACUGUUGCCUCUAUUUCGGAGCUUUCGUCUUCUUCUUCUUCUUCUGCAGAUUCGGCUCUCGUUUCCGGUUCGCCGCGGGUUUUAGCUCGGUUUGGCUUGGAUUCCGGAGUUGCCGAGCUUCGAUUUGGGGGAGAAUCUGAGCAGGAUAAAUGGAUUGUGUUUGAUCUCCGAACUUCUCAACUAUUUAGGCUAAGCCCUGUUCAAUUGCUCUGUGUAUCUGAAGCUUCUGAAACCAACAAAGAGACCUGUUCAAGGGGAGUCACCAUUCAAUUUACAAAGGAGAAGGAAAGUAGUGCCUUCUAUUGCGCCUUUGAACAUUGGAGAAAGCAAGGGGUUGCACAAGGAGCACAUUUGCAAAAUGGAGCAUUGCAAACUUCAAACAGCAAAUUUGAUGACAAAAUUGAGGCAUCGUCUGCCAAAAUGUACUUUCAUUAUUAUGGACAGCUUUUGCAUCAGCAGAAUAUGUUGCAGGACUAUGUGAGGACAGGGACCUAUUAUGCUGCAGUUAUUGAGAAUCGUUCAGAUUUUAAUGGUCGGGUGGUGGUUGAUGUUGGUGCUGGUAGUGGCAUUCUGUCAUUAUUUGCUGCUCAGGCUGGUGCAAAACAUGUUUAUGCUGUAGAAGCAUCUGAAAUGGCUGAAUAUGCCCGAAAGUUGAUUGCUGGCAAUCCAUUAUAUGCUGAAAGAAUUACAGUAAUAAAGGGAAAGGUCGAAGAUGUCGAGUUACCAGAGAAAGCAGAUAUAUUAAUUUCUGAGCCAAUGGGCACUUUGCUAGUCAAUGAAAGAAUGCUGGAGUCUUAUGUGAUUGCAAGAGACCGGUUUCUUGGUCCAAAUGGAAAAAUGUUUCCAACAGUAGGGAGGAUACAUAUGGCGCCGUUCACUGAUGAAUAUUUAUAUUUGGAAAUUGCUAAUAAGGCUGUAUUUUGGCAGCAAGAGAACUAUUUUGGUGUGAAUUUAAGGUCCUUGCAUGGAUCUGCCUUCCAAGGUUACUUUUCACAGCCUGUGGUUGAAGCUUUUGAUCCAAGGUCACUGGUUGCUCCUGCAAUAUCUCAUGUGAUAAACUUUGCUUCAAUUAAGGAAGAAGAUCUAUAUGAAAUUGAUAUUCCACUUAAAUUCGUAUCUUCUGUAAGCACUAGGAUCCAUGGACUAGCUUGUUGGUUUGAUGUGUUGUUUAACGGGAGCACUGUUCAGAGGUGGUUGACCACUGCUCCUGGUGCACCCACAACCCAUUGGUACCAGCUACGAUGUGUUCUGUCUCAACCUCUUUAUGUAAUGCCAGGACAAGAGAUAACCGGACGACUUCACCUUGUUGCUCAUAAGGCUCAGAGUUACACCAUUUAUCUAACAUUGUCAGCUCAAGUUGGAGAUAUGCUUCAAAGUUCAACUGGAAAACUUGAUCUCAAGGAGCCAUACUAUCGGAUGUCCCAGCCACAAACGUAUUCUUCUUCUCAAGACCAACCUAAUCAACUAUUACAAACACAGGAUGCACAAAUGCAAUCGCGGGACGAUGAUGAUGCCAUAUUGAUGCAACAGCUUUCACCUAAUUCCAACGCUGAUCUACAAUCUCUCUAAUGCGCGAAAUAAAAAUUGUAGAGAUGAUGCACGCACACUUGAGUAGACUCGUUUGUAUCAUUAAUUUCGGUUGCUUGGCUAAGGUAAAGGAGCAUAUGGUUUUAAUCCAUGCCAAGUUUUGCACCAUCCCGUUCAUUGUUUGUUGAUUGCCAGCUCUUGGCUUCAUGUACUAUUGAUCUCACCACCCACGGUGACUAACAAUGUAGAAAUUUUAUAAUUCAAAAAUAGUACUAUUAGUAUUAAUAUUAAUGCUUCAUUGCAAAUAA